CCUUAAAUUCAGAGAAAGGAUGUGUUGUUCCAGGUUGUGGAGACACCAGUCCCGCUGCUCUCCAAGACGCCUCCCCACCCCAGCGGACAGGAAGGCUAAGGCCUCAGCGAUGCCGGACUCCCCAGCAGAGGUGAAGACGCAGCCCCGGUCCACACCCCCCAGCAUGCCGCCCCCACCACCUGCCGCAUCCCAGGGGGCCACACGCCCCCCCUCCUUCACACCACACACACAUCGAGAGGACGGGCCUGCCACGCUGCCCCACGGCCGUUUUCAUGGCUGCUUAAAAUGGUCUAUGGUCUGUCUCUUGAUGAACGGCAGCAGCCACUCGCCAACAGCCAUCAAUGGUGCACCGUCCACACCCAACGGCUUCAGCAAUGGCCCGGCCACCUCGUCCACGGCCUCCUUGUCCACACAGCACCUGCCCCCGGCCUGCGGGGCCCGGCAGCUCAGCAAGCUCAAGCGCUUCCUCACCACACUGCAGCAGUUUGGCAGUGACAUCUCCCCAGAGAUUGGGGAGCACGUGCGCACACUGGUGCUGGGCCUGGUGAACUCAACGCUGACGAUCGAGGAGUUUCAUUCCAAGCUUCAGGAGGCCACCAACUUCCCUCUGCGGCCGUUUGUCAUUCCCUUCCUGAAGGCAAACCUGCCCUUGCUGCAGCGGGAGCUCCUGCACUGUGCACGCCUGGCCAAGCAGACGCCCGCCCAGUACCUGGCCCAGCAUGAGCAGCUCCUGCUGGAUGCCAGCGCCUCCUCCCCCAUCGACUCCUCAGAGCUGCUACUGGAAGUCAAUGAGAACGGCAAGAGGAGGACGCCCGACAGGACCAAAGAGAACGGGUCAGACCGCGACCCGCUGCACCCCGAGCACCUCAGCAAACGGCCAUGCACCCUGAACCCUGCCCAGCGCUACAGCCCCAGCAACGGGCCACCGCAGCCCACACCGCCGCCGCACUACCGCCUGGAGGACAUAGCCAUGGCCCACCACUUCCGAGAUGCCUACCGCCACCCAGACCCCCGGGAGCUACGAGAGCGCCAUCGGCCGCUUGUGGUGCCUGGGUCCCGGCAGGAAGAAGUGAUCGACCACAAGCUCACAGAGCGUGAGUGGGCAGAAGAGUGGAAGCACCUCAACAACCUCCUGAACUGCAUCAUGGACAUGGUGGAGAAGACGCGGCGCUCGCUCACGGUGCUGCGCAGGUGCCAGGAGGCCGACCGCGAGGAGCUCAACCACUGGGCGCGGCGCUACAGUGAGGCCGAGGACACAAAGAAGGGCCCCGGUCCCGCCGCGGCCCGGCCCCGCAGCAGCUCCGGCGGUCCCGAAGGGCCUCAGCUAGACGUGCCUCGCGAGUUCCUGCCAAGGACCCUCACCGGCUACAUGCCCGAGGACAUCUGGAGGAAGGCUGAAGAGGCCGUGAAUGAGGUGAAGCGGCAGGCCAUGUCGGAGCUGCAGAAAGCCGUGUCGGACGCGGAGCGCAAAGCGCACGAGCUCAUCACCACGGAGCGUGCCAAGAUGGAGUGGGCCCUGGCCGAGGCGAAGCGGCAGGCCUCCGAGGACGCCCUGACGGUCAUCAACCAGCAGGAGGACUCCAGCGAGAGCUGCUGGAACUGCGGGCGGAAAGCCAGUGAGACGUGCAGCGGCUGCAACGCGGCACGCUACUGCGGGUCCUUCUGCCAGCAUCGGGACUGGGAGAAGCACCACCACGUGUGUGGGCAGAGCCUGCAGGGCCCCGCAGCCGUGGCGGCCGACCCGGUGCCUGGACCGCCCGAAGCCGCCCACAGCCUGGGCCCCUCCCUGCCUGUGGGUGCUGCCAGCCCCAGCGAAGCCGGCUCUGCGGGGCCUUCUUGCCCCGGCUCCCCCAGCCCACCUGGCCCCCUGGACACCGUGCCCCGCUGACCCCACUGGCCCCCGGCCUGCCGGACACAGCACCGUGCCAACCCCACCCAGCUCCAGGCCCACCGGAUGCUGUGCCUGGCCUCCGAUGCCCGGCCUGCCAGACACUGCGCCCCGCCUGACCUGGGGGAGCCGACCAAUUAGUCACUGCUGCUACUGCCCCUCUCCGAAAGAAGACACAGAACCAACAAAACCGCAUUCAGUGCACCUGCCUCAGCUACCUAAUGAUUCCGCGCGGAGACCUCCUGACAACCUCUCUUGAAGCAUCCUCAGAAGCCUCGACUGAGCUUUAGACAGCAGAGCAGAUGCCGCAGGCGCGGCGGCUCUGCCCACCUCUUUCUCUCUCUUUUCCUCUCUGUCUGUCUCUCCCCCUCUGUCUUCUCUGUCCUCUCUCUCUCUCUCUCUGACUAUCACACACUUUCUCUUCAAUGAAAAAAUCAAAUUGGUGGCUUAUAUUUUCAGCAAAGAAUUUUGGGGGGUUUUGUUUGUUGGCAAAAGAGCUACUCAGAAAUGGACAAAGAAAACGGGGGGGUUCUCCCCCUCCUGAUUAAAAAGGGAGAAAGAAAACUGCGAUUUUAUAGCUGGAGAUCUGAACCCAGCUGUGCCCCUCCCCCAGGGGCGUGAGGCUGAUCAGCGAAGACGGGAGGAAAGAUUUCGAUUUCUGACUCAAGAUGCAUUUUUUGGUUUCAGAUUUUUUUUCCUGUAAUGUUGAACUCUUUGGCUUUAAGUAAAAAUCCAAAAAGUUUUUUUUAAAAAAGCAAAGGAAGCAUACUUGUGAACUACCUUGCUAGCUAGCCAGCCAAGGAUACCGGACACACCUCUGCUCCAAAGGAAAUCCAAAAAAGCAAACACAAGAAAUCAAAAUCCAAAAUUUGUUUGUCACUGCCAAAGUAUUUUUUUCACUGUUUCACUUACUCUUGGGUUUGUUUGGAUGUGGGUCUUUUUCUCUUCUGUUCUGAUUUUGUUUGUGGGUGUCGGGAUAUUGGGGUGCAGAGGGUUUGUGCCCAGUGAGAAGCGACUUUUGUUCUCUUCUGCGUAGGCGCUGGUGCGUCCGCCGCGUGUGCGUGGUCCGUGUGCCGUUGCUCCGGCCUGCAUCUCCAUGUGUGUAGGAAAGGACACGCCGUCUGUCCUCACACCCCCUGUGACUUUUCAUAUUUCCUUUUUCCACUUGUGGAAAAAAAGUGCUAAAGUUUUCUUCCCAGAGAGAGCAUAAUUCCGAAACAAAACUGUGACAAUCUUUUGGGUUGAUUCUCCACUGCUUUUCGAGCAUGCGGAGCCAGUAGGCCUCCCCGAAACACUGCUUCUCGGCCAGCCCGUCCUCCUCUACCUCUCUCCUCUCCGCGCCCUCCGACCCCUCUCGGCCCCAUCACCCCACCUCCGACCUCUCUCAGCCCCAUCGCCUCAACUCCAACCUCUCGGCCCCAUCGCCCCACCGCAGCUACUCCCCUUUCUUCCAAACUUUUGCAGAAAAAACAAAAAAACUACAAACAAAAGCAGCCCUCUGCCUCCUCCCCAGGGAAGACCCUGACCGUGUACAUAGCCCUGGUGCUCCUGCCCAGCCACCCCUCAGAUGCGUUCGCCUCUGGCCCUGGGGUGUGUCUCGGUGACGUUUUCUAUCAGACGUGCUCCCUCCCAUCCUCCAGCCCUGCCCACCCUCCCUCCACUCCUCUCAACUGCCUCAGCGAUUUCAAGAAGGAAAUAAAGGGAUAAAGAAAUUCAUGCUUGCACCGAGUGCAAGGACAGACAGCAGGCACGGCCCGCGGCCUGGCAUCUGUGCGCGUGGCGUGGCCCGUGGCCUGGCAUCUGUGCACGUGGCGUGGCCCGUGGCCUGGCAUCUGUGCACGUGGCGUGGCCCGUGGCCUGGCAUCUGUGUGCAUGGCACAGCCCGCAGCCUGGCAUCUGUGCACGUGGCGUGGCCCGUGGCCUGGCAUUUGUGGGUGUGGUGCGGCCCGUGGCCUGGCAUCUGUGCGCGUGGCGUGGCCCGUGGCCUGGCAUCUGUGCGCGUGGCACAGCCCGUGGCCUGGCAUCUGUGUGCGUGGCUAUCAGGAGUUCCAGGAACUCAGUGCAAUACGGGAGUGACCCAGCUACUGAACCAGCCGCGAACAGCCCGCCAGAGGCCUGAAGCUGAGAGUGUACGUUAAUGUGAAUGUAUAUAGUCUUUGCAGAGGUCCAAAUGAUAUUCAUGAUGGUAAUAAACGAGAUGUUUGCCAAAUAAAAAAGAGAGAAACCG